AUGAAGUCUCCUAUCCCCGACUACCUCAAGGCGGUGCUGGACAAUGCGCGCUCCAUUGAGCGCGGAGCGCCGGCCAGCUACAUUGAGACGCUCGCGCAGGCCGACACGUCCAAGCUGGCGGUGGCGCUGGCCAUGGUGGACGGCAACCUGUACUCUGUGGGCGACGACCGCGUCGAGUUCUCGAUGCAGUCCAUCUCGAAAGCGUUUGUGUACGCCAUGGCGAUUGAGGACCGGGGGCUGCCGCGGGUGCUGGAGAAGAUUGGCGUCGAGCCGUCCGGGGACGCCUUCAACCACCUGUCGCUCGAGCGCGGCACGAACCGGCCGGUAAACCCGAUGAUCAACGCGGGCGCCAUCACGGCGCACUCGCUCGUCGAGGGCCGCACGGCCGAGGAGCGCACGGAGCGCAUCCUGCGCGGCCUCUCGCAGCUCGCCGGCCGCCCGCUGCACGUCGACGAGGCCGUCUACGAGGCGGAGCUGCGGACCGCGGACCGCAACAUGGCGAUUGGCUACAUGCUCAAGGCCGCGGGCGUCAUCAGCUGCGACCCGCGCGACGUGGUGCGCGGGUACAUCCGGCAGUGCGCCAUCACGGUCAACGUGCGCGACCUGGCCGUCAUGGCGGCGACGCUCAGCAACGGCGGCGUGCACCCCGUCACCGGCGUGGCCAUGAUCCCGCAGGCCAGCGUGCGGCAGGUGCUCUCCGUCAUGACCACGUGCGGCAUGUACGACGCCGCGGGUGACUGGGUGUCCAACGUGGGGAUCCCGGCCAAGAGCGGCGUGGCGGGGGGCAUCAUCGGCGCGCUGCCGGGACAGGUGGGCAUCGCGACGUUUUCGCCCAAGCUCGACGAGCGCGGCAACAGCGUGCGCGGCGUGGCGAUGUGCGAGCAGCUCUCGCGCGACAUGGGGCUGCACAUGAUGGACGUGAGCCAGAUUGCGGGCGCGACGGUGCGCAUCACCGUCGCCACGAUUGUGCCCGGCGCCGCGGAGCCGGACCACCCCAACUGCGCGCGCGCCGUGGUCAUUUUCAGCCUGCGCGGCGCCGUGCGCUUCCCCGGCUCGGAGCGGCUGAGCAGGGCGCUCGUGCGGGAGCUGGGCGCGCCGGACGACGGCGAUCCGGGGUCCGGCGCGCACGCGGGCUGCUGCGCCGUGGUGAUUUCGCUGCGCGACGUGUACUCGCUGAAUACGGUGGCGCGGCGCAUCCUGCACGAGAGCAUCAGGCGGCUCGUGGCUGAGGAGCGGAGCGUCGUGGUCGUGGACCCGACUGAGGUUCUGCAGAUGGAGACGCCCGAGGCCGGCAAGGCGGAGAUGGCGCGGCUGCGCGUGGUCAAGACGGAGAUGGAGGCGCGGAAUUCGAUUGGCGGCAUUGGCUGCUCGGCCGUGUUGGUGCAGGAUGAUUGGUGA